AUGCGAGCGGCCCAAUAUCCAGGUACUCUGUGCCGCACGCGAGGGUUAUCCGUAGAUAUGCACGAUAUGCGCAACUUUGUCCCCGCCGCUUCACCCUGGCUGGCCCGUGGCCCCCUGCUUCCCAUCGGCAAUACCAUGGUUGACAAGCAAACGAGAUUCCGAAGUGAGUCGGUGUCACGUCUUUUGCUCGACACCCCCCCCAGCGUCCCAAAGCUGUAG